CUGCUUCUGCCUGUCGCUGUGUGACAUUGGGACUAAACUCAUAAGAAGCAAAGGAAGGAGGUCGGACAGGGAUCUGCAGGUAAAGCAGAGUAACUGAGACGCAGGAUCCGGGAGAUGCGUCACGGCGGCUGCUGCUUUUACGCACAGAGGAUCCGCGAGACGCACCGCUCUGUUUCAUGAGGUUACAAAACAGUUUGGCCACUCUGCUGUCAGUGUGUGAAAUCCAGCCUGACCUACAUCCGAAGAGUUUUCUCAGAUCCCUGAAGAAAGUGUGCAUCUUGAAGAAAUAAAGCGCUGUUGGCUGGCAGGUGGAUUUCCUCCUGCAGGAUGUACACCAUCACCAGAGGUCCCAGCAAGCUGGUCACACAGAGAAGAACAGGACCCACUCAGCAGCUGGAGAGCAAAAUAAAUGAGUUCAAGCACAAACAGACUUCCUGGAAUAUGCCAGACCUAUCUGCACCCAAGAUAGUUUUUAACCGCCCGAAUGGAAAGAAGCACCAUCAGCCUGCUCAGACGCUCCCUGCAGACAGCAGGCGUGGAGAAGCCUUCUCUCCUGAGCACGAGGAAAAUGUCAAGUUUGUCUCCGAGGCCUGGCAGGAGGUGACGGAGCAGCAGGAAGGUCAGGGGAUGGAAGAUUCCCAGGCAGCGGUUUACUAUGAAGAAACCAGUCCCGGGCCGCACAUGGACGGCUUUGUGCCCAUAGAUCUGGAUGAAUGGUGGGCCCAGCGCUUCUUAGCAAACAUCGAUAAGUUAUCCUGACAUUCUAGAAUGGAUCAGAUGCUCUUUGCCAGUCAGGAGGUGAAGACUAAGGAAUAGCUCACCCAGAGGAAAUGAAGCCUGCUCUGGUGGUGUGAUGGCUCAGACCGAGCUCAGGUGGUGAAAACGGACUAACGGUUCUGGGACCCUGAACCCAAAGCUGCUGAGAA